AUGGGGAAGCCCGUCCCUCCUCCGCCCAGCUAUCGCGACGACCCUGAAGCUGUGUCACUCCACACCACACGAGACGACUAUGCCUACACCGACCUGCCAGAACCCUCUGGCCUGCCUCCCUCGUACAGCGACAGCGAAGCCAGCAACCAUGUUUCCGCCUCAGCGAUUCCCAUCCGCCAUGUGGCGCCACCCUCGACGCGAACAAACCACGACCGCCCCAGCUUCAAGUGCGGCAAGCCCUGUGUAGUCGAGACAGUCGAUGUCAUGGAACCCGCGUACGACACCGACCCAGCCCAACUCGAAGAAGCCAUCCGCGCCUACGCCAAAUCAGCCCCCGUCCCCCUCAUCUACAUAAUGGGCACGCACAAAGAAACCGUCCGCAAAAACGACAACAGGAGAGAAACUCACCACGUAACCGACUUCCGCAUCGUAAUCAACCUCCAACACUACCUCCACCCAAACUUCGACCCAUCAGACACCUCCCCAAUGUCCCUCGUCACCGCCUCCAACGGCGAAAAAACCCACCGCGGCACCAUCCUCGCCCACCGCGCCCCCGGAGUAAAAAACGACAUAGAAAUCGGCACCACCACCCCUCCACCUUCCUUGACAGAAUGGUGCCACCGCUACUGCGCCUCCCCGCGCAUGUUACGCAUUUUCCGCCUCCGCCGCCAAAUCACCGGCCUAGAAGAAACCCAGCUCCGAAACCGCAUCACAGGGCUCCUGCGCUCGACCAACUACCGCGGCAACAUCAGCAUCACCUUCCCCGUCGAAGAGCGCAACAUCGACAUCUACACCUCGACCCGCAUCAACACGCUCCGCCUGAAAACCUGGGUAUGCUGGCUCUUCUACCUCUCCUUUCUCUGGAUUUUCUCGUGGCCGCUCCUGUUCUUUGCGACGAGGAGGUAUGCGGUUGUAAGGGCCGAAUGGCCGUUUUCCGUGACGGAUGAGAGGGGCGAGAAGAGGUAUACGACGGUGAGUGAGGAGCAGUGGUUUGAGACGUGGAAGGUGGGGAUUAGGCGGUUGGCGCUUGAGCGGUUUCAGGGCGAGGCGACCGAGGAUAUGAUGAGGAGGGUUAUGGCGAGGGAUGAGGAUCCGAGGAUGCCUGAGUCGUUAGGGAUGGGGGAUGCGGGCGUGAAUGGCGCGUUGAGUGUGUUCAGUGAGGGGCUGAGGGUUGCGAGGGAUAUCCAGGGGGGACGCGGGUUCAACUUGAAUUUUGGGAGGGAGGUCGACGUGAGUUUUGGGAGGGGCAGGAGUGUGCAGGGUGGAGGGUGGGGAUACGACUGUUAA